CAGUUUUAAAUUACAUAUAUUGAUUUUUCUGUCCUUGUUUAACUGUUUAAACUGCACUGAAUGUAGAAGGAAGUAAACUUUAACAUCAAUGUAAAAAUAUGGCGUCCAAAGAAAUCAUAGUUGCAUCAGAUGAAAUAAUAACAGUCAAGUGCUGUGUAUGUACAAAGAAAAACAUAACAAGAGAAGCUGAAAAAUAUUGUGUAGAAUGUCAGGAUUAUUACUGUAUACCAUGUACAGACUCGCACAAAAUGUUUCCCACUCUGAGUGGUCACCAGAUCCUGGAUAAAGAUGAUUUCAGCUCGCAUGGUCUACACCCAACCGACCUGCCGAGUUUUCCUACUGAGAGAUGUUCUACGCAUAAAGCAAAGAUACUAGACAUGUUUUGCAUCAACCACAAUGAAGUUGUAUGUGCCAGCUGUGUAGCUCUCAAUCACAGGGCAUGCAAAGACAUAAGGUCAGUCCCAGAGGAUGUUGACAAUCUAUACAAACAAUCUACUUUCGAGGAAACUAAAAUGAAGCUGAAAGCCAUGAAGAAAACCACUGAAGAUAUAAAGAAGACACGAGAACAACUAGUAAGAGAGCUAAAGAAAAGCAAGGAUGAAACAACUGAUUGUAUAAGAAUGUUCAGGAAGGAAAUGGAAGCUAUGCUUGAGAAACUUGAAACAGAGUCCAUUAAAGUGGUUGAAGCACAGUUUGAAAGAAUUGAAACAAUGUUACUCAAGCAGAUCAAGGAAGCAAAUAAAUUCAGUGAUGACCUUACACUGUUCACCACCAAACUGGAGAAGUCUGCUGGUAAUAAAGCACAGGAGUUUGUCUGUGUAAACCAGGCUGUGAAAACUAUUGAUAAAACCAAAGAAGCUGAAAAACAUCUGAGACAAGAACAAGAUGCAGAAUUAGAAUUUAAACCUAAUGUAAACAUCAAAACAUUUCUAGAACAUCUAAAGACACUUGGUCAGCUCUCAAGUAUGAGAACAAAAUACAAACCAAAGACAACAGCCUACACAGUGAGAACACGGAAAAGGAUCAGCGUGAAACUGACAGAAGACAGAAAUGACUGCUGUAUAUUUGGUUCCUGUUUUAUUUCAGAUGGUAGCCUCCUGCUGACAGACUUCCAUAACAGAAAACUGAAACAUGUAGAUAUUUCCACAGCUACAUUUAAGAAUCAUCUAGAUCUUUGUGCUGGACCAUAUGCUGUCUGUCAGACUAGUGAUGAUGAAGCUGCAGUCAGCCUUAGUAACUGUAUCAUCCAGUUUGUGUCUCUUGGCCACAAGAUGGCUACCACAAGGCAACUGAAGCUGGAUCAUCACUGCUAUGGUCUGGCACAUAAGGAAGGGAAACUUUACAUAUCUGAUGCUGGGAAUACAGUCUAUAUUCAUGAUAUGACUGGUACUAUGCUGUGCAAAAUUACAACAGACAGACUGGGCAAUGAAAUUUUUAGUUCCAGCAUACAUAUCAGUCUAGGCACAAAAAAGGACAAAGUGUAUAUAACUGACACUGUAAAAGGUAUGAUCACACUAGACACACAGGGAAGUUAUGAAUCAACAUUUAUAGAUCCUGAUUUAGUUAUACCUUGGGGAGUAUGUACCGACAGAAAAGGAAACAUAUUUGUCGGUUCAUUACGUUCCUCAAAAAUUGUCCAGAUAAGUGAGGAAUCCAAGAAAAAGUUGGGAGUACUAAACAUAAAUAUGACAAACAUUUUCUCAAUCUCCUUUUACCCACAACAAAACAAGCUUGCUGUUACUGGGCAUGACAAUACAGUUAGCAUUUAUGAUCUAGAAUAAAUCUUUAAAUUUAAUUUGUAAUAAAACAUCUACUCAAAUUAGCCAUGAAAGCUUAGUUUUGUUCAAUAUUAUAUUUAACUUUAGCAACCGUACAUCUGUACAUACAUUACAGCUGUAAACAUAUAAUAAUUAAAACAUU